CGUCGGGGAAGCAGCAGCAGCAAUGAUAUGGUCUUCGCUGCUUGUUGCUUUUGUUGUUGUUGCUGUCAUCGACGGCGACAGCAAGGCCGGGAUCGCCUGGCAGGUCCUGGAGUUUGUCCGCCCAGAACCUGAGGCGCGAGUAGUUUUGCCAGACAUGGUUGACGAUGAUAGUAGUAGUGGUGGCGGUGUCAACUGUCCGGCGAAGUCGUAUUUUUUUUUCUCGGUUUCUAUCGAUAGGUGUCGGAUAGAAGGCCGAGCGAGCAAAUAUUGAUGGAAAUGAUAGUAUAUUCCGUCCGUUCGGAAUAUACUAUCGAAAAUAGGGCGGCAGAAUUAUGGCCCCUAUCCGGCAGGUUGAACGACGCUCCUUGGUAUUGUCGUAUAGCCGAGCAAGGAGCGAGUCUACCUAAUAGAUGCGGGAUCUAUGACGGCGUUAGUUAGAUGAGUUGUGUUGUUUUAUCUUGUGUUGUGGAUAAUAAUGGUGGUAUUUGGUACACAGACGAUGACGAUAGCAACUUCAAAUAUCGAAACUGGGCCAUCAAUAGAAUGUAAACUUACUAAGGAC